UACAUCUUCUCGCAAUUAAUUAAUUUUCAGCUUUAUUUAUUAAUAUCUUCCUCUUCUUUUCUCAAAUCGUCGAAUUAAAUAGGCAUUUAAAUUGUAUUAUAUUUUUUAGAAUAUCAUCAUGUCGUCGUCUGGGAGAAGGUCAAGACAGUCAAGUUCUGGUAGUUCCAGGAUAAGCGAUGAUCAGAUCAUUGAUCUCGUCUCCAAACUCCACCAACUCCUUCCUGAAAUUCGCACCACCAGGCGUCCAAACAAGGCAUCUGCAAAUAAGGUGCUUCAGGAGACCUGCAACUACAUCAGAGACUUGCACAAAGAGGUGGAUAAUCUGAGCGAGAGGCUAUCCCAGCUGCUGUCUACCAUCGACGCUAACAGCCCUGAGGCUGCAAUAAUUAGGAGCUUAAUCUAAGUAAUCCAUACAUCAUCAUAUAUGUAAUAAUUAAAUUCAAGCCAAUUACUAGAAUAUAUCUAUAUUGUGGGCUUAAUUAUCAAUUAAUUAAUUAGUCAUUAGUAUAUCUGAGAUACUUAUUUUAAGUGUCCAUAUCCAUGGAUCCAUGCUGUACUUACCUAAUAUUAUUUAAUGAUGUCGUAUUAAAUUAAUAAUGGGAGUCUCCGUACUCAAUUACAAGGAUUCCUAAAACUUAUGUACGCCAUUUUUUGUUUUAAUAUUUCGUAUUUUUCA